AUGAGUGUGGACGAGGACGCCCGAUGGCUGGAGUGGAUCACCAAGCAGUUUGAGAGCAUCGCCGGGGAGGACAACGAGAUCGACCUGGAGGAGUUCAAGAUGGCACUGAAGGUCAAAGAGUCCUUCUUUGCGGAGCGGUUCUUUGCACUGUUCGACUCUGACGGCAGCAGUUCCAUCAGCCUGCCUGAGCUUCUGGAGGCCCUGCAGCUCCUCAUCCACGGCAGCGAGACCGACAAGCUCCGAUUCCUAUUCCAGGUCUACGAUGUGGAUGGUAGCGGCUCCAUUGACCCGGACGAGCUGCGCACAGUGCUGAAGUCGUGCCUGCGCGAGAGUGCCAUCUCCCUGCCGGAGGAGAAACUGGACGACCUGACGCUGGCGCUGUUCGAGUCGGCCGACAAGGACAACAGCGGGUUCAUCACCUUUGAGGAGCUCAAAGCCGAGCUGGAGAACUUCCCCGAGGUCAUGGACAACCUCACCAUCAGUGCGGCCAACUGGCUAAAGCCUCCCAGCGUGGAGCAGAGGCGUCGGCACACGCCGCGCUACCUGACGCGCUCCUACUGGCACAACAACAGCCGCAAACUGCUCUUCAUGUGCGCCUACGCCUGCCUCAACGUGCUGCUCUUCACCACCGCAGUACUGCAGCACGCCAGCGGGGGCGCCUACUACAUGAUGGCCAAGGGCUGCGGACAGUGCCUCAACCUCAACUGUACCUUCGUCAUGGUCCUGAUGUUGCGGCGGUGCCUGACGUGGUUGAGGGCUACAUGGGUGGUGCGCGUGCUGCCUCUGGACCACAACAUCCUGUUACACCAGAUAGUGGGCUACGCCAUCCUUGCACUCACACUCGGACACACCACUGCACACACACUCAACUUCGCGCAGCUGUCCCAGAGCAGUGAGUUCAGCCUGUGGGAGUACCUGCUGACUACAAGGCCUGGGAUUGGCUGGGUGCAUGGCUCCGCCUCCCUGACGGGAUUGGUCCUCCAGCUCAUCAUCUUCCUCAUGGUGUUGUGCUCCAGCACCUUUGUGCGCCGCAGCGGACACUUCGAGGUGUUCUACUUCUCUCACCUGUCGUACGUGUUGGUGUCGGCGCUGCUUAUUGUGCACUGUGCCAACUUCUGGAAGUGGUUUGUGGUGCCCGGCGUGGUGUUCUUGGUGGAGAAGGCUGUUGGCAUCGCCGUGUCCCGUAUGGGCGGACUAUACAUCGUAGAGGUCAACCUGCUGCCCUCCAAGGUCACCCACCUGGUGAUUAAGCGCCCUCCUUUCUUCCAAUUCAAACCUGGAGACUACGUCUAUGUGAACAUCCCUGCCAUCGCCAAGUACGAGUGGCAUCCUUUUACCAUCAGCAGCGCCCCAGAGCAGCAAGACACCAUUUGGCUGCAUGUGCGCUCCAUGGGCCAGUGGACCAACCGGCUGUACGAGUACUUUAGGCAGCCAGACCUGCAGGCCCUCAGCACCAAGAGGCUCACCGCCAGCCUCCGGAACCGCCAGCACCAGCACAGAACACAGGAGGAGCUCUUCAGCUCCACGUCCUGGAACGGUGCGGUGGCCUCCAAUAAGGACGAUGACGUGGAGCUCACGCUGUACCGCACCAACGGCCCACGGGGAUGUCCCAAGCCCACCGCCUCCUCUGAUCACGUGACGCAGGUGGAGCAGGCAGACCUUCCGGUGGCCAGGGAGAUUUCUCCCAAGUUGAGUGAAAACCACCGCUAUUGUAACAUAAAGUGUUAUGUGGACGGGCCAUAUGGAACCCCCACCCGUCAGAUCUUUGCCUCUGAGCACGCGGUGCUGAUUGGUGCUGGAAUUGGCAUCACACCCUUUGCCUCCAUCCUACAGAGUAUCAUGUACCGCUACCGCAUGAGGAAGCAGGACUGCCCCAACUGCAGCUACUCCUGGUGUGAGAACAUCAAGGACAGCGAGAUGAAGCUGAGGAAGGUACAGUACACAUACAAAACUGUGUAACUAACCCACUGGCUGUCACAGGUUGAUUUCAUCUGGAUAAACCGGGACCAGAAGUCGUUCGAGUGGUUUGUGAGCCUGCUGACCAAGCUGGAGAUGGACCAGGCUGACAUGGAGCCAGAGGGGCGCUUCCUGGAGAUGCAUAUGUACAUGACCUCUGCCUUGAGCAAAAACGACAUGAAAGCCAUUGGCCUGCAGAUGGCGCUAGACUUGCUGGCGAAGAAAGAGAAGCGUGACUCCAUCACCGGCCUCCGCACUCGCACUCAACCUGGCAGGCCCGAGUGGAGCAAGGUGUUUCAGAAGGUGUCUGAGGAGAACAAAGGGAAGGUGCACGUGUUCUACUGCGGUUCUCCCAUGCUGGCCAAGCUCAUCAAGGCCCAGUGUGAACACUUUGGGUUCCACUUCUACAAGGAGAACUUCUGAGACACUCAU